GGGAAUUGUUGUCAAGUCAAAUGUAAAUUAAGGCUAGCUGGUAAUAGUUGUUUUCGCAUAAUUUUCCUUAACUCUCUUAUAGUUUAGUGUUUAAAACUUAAUAACUUUCUUGUGGUUUUAUGGAAAAGUGAGGAAUAUGAACAUGUCAAUCGUUUCAUAGCUAGUAGGUAUAUGAUCGCCGAGGUAUCAAGUGUAAAUACGAUGCUGAGGGCAGCGUCGUUGCUUUUUAUGGUGUCGACAGCAGUAGCAGAAAUCACAACAAGAUGUGGAAAUGAAGUCGGUACUACUUUUAACAAGACCGGAGAUGGCGUAGAAGGACGCUACACAGUGGAAUGGUGUACCCAAAUUCCCGAGAAAGCAAAACUUUGGGAACUUCAAUUAGAGCACACAACUGACAAUAAAUACAAUGUUUGUGAAAAUAAUAUCACCCUGAGGCAGAAGACAGGAAUGAAAAUGGCAUUCCAUUCCCAACCAUUGAUAUUGGACAUUACCAAUCGGCCUAAGUGUAACAUUACCUGUCUAUCAAAACAGUUCGACGCAGUUUUCUCAAGUUGCUACAAGGUAUCCAACAAGAUAAUUGAGAAGAAAGGGACCAUUGAACACGGGGUCACUAACACACGUGUUCACUCGUCGGUGUACACGUAUCACCGCAUCGCCAACAUGUUCACCAGUCACCAAGCCCUCAAUACGUUGCAACCCGUCGUGCAGCUUGAGAAGAAUGACCGUGAGCUCGUGGCGACGUACAACCUGCACUACAUAGACGUGAGCGAAUCGUUUGCAAUGCGAACAAAAGAGUACAAGAAGAACUCCACUACUAAAGAAAUUGACGAUGCAGAUUGGAUGAACAUCAGAGGCAACUGUACCGCGCUUUCUGAGUCUGCCACAGUCGUUUGCCACCUGCGGUGUCCCGACGCGGGUAAUUGUGUACUUCUGUCCCUGGAGUACACUGCAUCGUAUCGGAACAGUAUCGACGACCCCAGCCUUUUUGAAUACUGUGCCCCACGGAGCUUGGAAAAGGAGUUUGACCCGGGUAUGGACCCGCGCGUGUUGUGGGCGAUAGGCGCGCUGGCGCUAACGCUGACACUGCUGGCGGCGUGUUGGGCCGCGCACUCUCGCGUGCUCACCAAACUGCGGAAGAAGGUUCUGCGCCACUGGAUGGAGAGAUACUCUUCGUACACAUCUGAGCAAACGCCAGUGGUGGAUCCCGGCUACAUCCUCCUCCUAUACGCGAGGGAUUGCGCGCCGGCCAUGGAGGCUAUCAAUGUGCUGAAGGAUAUGCUCGAGGAAGGCGCUCCGGGCCGGGUAUACGACUUAUUCAGCGCCGAGUGCAUGACGCUCUACACCGAAGCGCCAGAAGAGUGGCUGUGCAGUCUACUAGCGCGGCCCGACGUGCGCGUGGUGUUAGUGCAGACUCCAGCCGCCGCGGCGCUGUACGCGGCGCAGGUCUCUCAAGACAUGCAGAUGCAACAACCGUUAUUGGGAGCUCGCGUGCAGUACAAGAACCCCCACUACGGAGACAUGCUGCUACAGUUUGCACUACGAUUAGUGCGGGAUAUGGCCCCAAUGCAGCAAGAGUAUGCCCGGUACUACAUUGCCACCGUAUCGGAGCUAGGCGACGAGCUGAUGCCGCAGGUGGCUCCAUACCGGCGGUACGAGCUGCCCGCGCACGCCGCGCGCCUGCUGGCGGACCUGCGCCUGCGCGGCGAGCCGGCGCCGGCGCCGCGGCUGCGCGCGCUCGCCGCCGCCGUCGACCGCCUGCUCGACUACGUGCGCGCCAAUGAGAACUAUCUGAGGGACGAACUCAUGUUCAUAUAGGUACGGUAUUCACCGGUAUUGUUCAAAAUCGUGGUGCCGUCUCGUGGAGUCCGUAGCGGCUAUAUGAACACACUAGCGUCUGCCCGCGGCUUCGCUCGCUUUAAAUUCGAAAAUUAGGGAAGUGGGUGUUUAGAAAGAGACAAAAAGUAGCCUAUGUAACUCUCCAUCCCGUCAACUAUCUCCACUUAAAAAAUCACGUCAAUUCGUCGCUCCGUUUUGCCGUGAAAGACGGACAAACAAACAGACACACACACACUUUCCCAUUUAUAAUUUUAGUAUGGAUAGAAAUUGCGUCUGCCCUUAGACCACUCGCAGCGCAAGACGGUCGACUGAUGUUGAGUGGUGCGCGAAGUUGAGCGGGUCGGUGGAUGCUCUUGUGGUCGCCUAAAUCAAAACUUGCUUAACUUUAUCAGGCUAAAUGAAAAUAAUUUGCGGUACGUACCGUAUUCACUAUGGUUUGAUACAGUCAAAACCGAAGCGCCAUCUAGUCUUCACUAAAUUUGAUGUUGAUUACAAGAUCAUAUGCACACAGGAAACCACAUUUGUAUCUUUGUUACCUAAAGUAAGCAGGAAUAUUUGUUUUGGCUAAGGAUUUUCCCUACAUCUAUAUCAAACUUUUAUCUUCUAAGAUCUUUAUUACCAAUGUCCCUUCCUUUUAGAAACAAAGUAUACAAAUCAGAAAUUCAAUCCAGCACCUGUCUCUGACGUGUUUGUGCAUUUUACACGCAGUUUAGUCGAAGGAGGGGUAGGAAUUAGGGGACUAUAUAAAUACGUAUCUCAAUAUUAUAUAAAUUUAAUUGUAUGUACAUAAUUAUGUCCCAAGGCUUGCCACUGUUACGUCACUCCAAUUGAUAAUGUACUUAACUCUCUAUAAAAUUGUGGAAUAUUUAUAGUUUCGUUAAAUCUAAAUGCGUAAUAAAAUACGCUUCCCAUAAUUAUUCAUUCCUAAUAUUUUUUCAUCGCACCUCCUAAAACAUUACAUCCUCAGAAAAGAAAAUGUAAGUGCCUUUCUUCGUACGUAUUUACAUUAGUAGGUAUUUAUGUUUGAUAUUUUUAUUAUGGUUGGAUAGAAUUGUAGGUACUUUGAAAUAAUAAUACUUUAUGGAUGAAUCAACUUUUUCUUGUCAACUUUACCAUGAAUCUUUGCUGAAUUUGUUACAUUUGUAACAAUUACACAUACAUUUAUAAGACAGUUGUAAUCUACUUAUCAUAUUAAAAAAUUAUUAUAACAUACGAUGAUGUCGUUUCGUUUUCGGAACAUAAUAACAACAGAAAAAGUUGAGCUAUUCAUGUAGUUAUUUUAUUACAUACGACAUGUAGGUAGUUACUAUAUACAAUAAAAAAUAUAAGAGUGUUAGUUUUUGGCUUUUGUUACUGUAAUUUGUAUUUUACUUGUAUGUAGAUAUAAAAGAAAGAAUAAGAAUCUUUAUAAAUUCCGAAUUUGAAAUCUCUCCCAGUGACUAGAUUAAUGAAAUUGUGAUUGUGACUGUUUCAGUUAAAAUCUUUAUUAUUUAAGUAUGGUUAAAGCGAGAAAUGAAUGUGAUCAGUUACAAUAUGCGUGACUAAUAUAGUAAAAAAUUUACUAUAAAAUGAAAUAUGUACAUAUACAUACAAACAUACAUUGACUAAUUAAUAUAAUAAAAUAAUGUAAGUAAUAAACUAUUGCGUUCUUUUUCUUUUUAAUAUGUAUUUGUAACCAGUCUAUUCAAACUAAACUUAUAUUUAUGUUUCGUCCACCGAUUUACCUGAGAUUAUACGAAGCAAAUUAUAAAUCUAACAUUGUUACUUUCUUAGUUUGAUGUAUAAUUUGAUAAAAAAAUUUUGAGUGUGCAAAGUCACGCAUGUAACAAAUAACUUUGUACCUACUCUAAUAGUAGAUGUAUUUGUAAAUGACUGAAAAUGUACCUAAUGCUGUUUGUAAAUUACACAUUUUUGUAACUUGUUUAAAUUUAUAGAUAUAUACGUGUUAUUUGUACUUAGAAGUAAGUAAGUAAUAGUUUUGUCAACAUGUUACACUCCAACUAAAAAUAGAAUACGUAUCGCAGUAACAGAGAACAAUUAAUAAUGUAGAGUCAAACCAAACUCUACAGCAAUUUUUAUAACACAUACAAAAUCUCAUUUUAAGCAUUAAACUGUCUUGAAAAUAUGACAUUUAGGGUAAACUUGCACAUUCUGUCCUGUGAAAACGCUGCAAGUUAGCUUAGUGGUCUGAUUAUUUUAUACCAACAUUUUGCAGGCCAAGUAUAUUGCACGCUAAAUAGACUAGGUCCCACUCUAAAUUAAUACUGUUAGAAUAGGACGGGUAGUCUACUUCGCAGGCGACCUGAUACUGUCACCCAUCAUGUGCUUGGGCCUGCAAAAUCCGAUAGCGACACACAAUAACAGCAAGAAUACUUAUUAGUUUAUGAACUUUUGUGAAACUCGUUUCUAGAACAGUCUGUGUUUAAUAAUAAUUUUUAUUUGUGUUUAAAUAGUAAGUAGCGCUCUAGUAAGUGCAAUCUUGGCACACUCUAAAAUAUAUAGUUGUAAAUGUAGUUUUUUGGUUUACUUCAACGUUUUAAUCAAUCGUGUCCGCCGCUGCCAAAACGUCCCAACGUUGUAGAUUUCUAUGCGACCGUCCUUCUCGCCCAAACCGCCUGUUACCUAAAAGCGUUCGUUUUUUUUUUGUAUGGGAAUUUCCAUAGACUUCUGUUGCGUGACGUUGAUGUGUCUCUACUGUGUUUGAUGCAACUAGUCCUAAAUCCGGUGAUUUGCUUUAUACGAAUAACCUGUCAAAACCUCAUUAUGGCAAGGAACAAAGUAGGAUGAUUUUACAACCGCGGACACAUGUAUUGACAAAUAAAACGCGAUUCUUAACUAUACACUUGUACAGGACUAACAAAUGAUCUAUACAAUAGUUAUUUAUAAGUAUGUACAACUAGUACAAGUACGACCAAGUGUUGCGAAAUAUUAUCAGAUCAUUAUUUCUAUGAUAUAAGGUUCCGGUAUAUUUGACCAUUCUCACUGAGUGACGAUAAUUACUUAAAAGUAACAAUACAAUACAAACAACUAAUACGUAUAAUAAACACACAGUUCUGUUGAAAUACAACAUACAUUAGUACAUUUUGACUAAAAAUAAGAUAAAAUACUAUACUAUUAUUACAUUGAAGAUUGUAUAGUACUAGUUCUAAGAUCAAAAUAAGGGUCUCAGUUAAUGUUGUUUUUUUUUUCUUAUAAAUACACAUUUGAAAACAUUU